CUAAUAAGGAGGCCUCUAGUAACCUCUGGGAAGGAGGGCUAUGCCUAUAAUAAGGAGUAUCUGCCCAUUUCGUCUUCCAGAUAACUCUGCUCAGCUUGACAUCAUUCACUUGAAUCAUUAAUUAUCAUAAUCACAACAUGGCUUUCUCUCAGUCUGCACAGGAUUUCCGCCUUGACGGCUCGUUGCUCGUUGCCACCAUCGCCACCGAGGAGGGUGACUGGGUUGAGAGCGUACUUGACAUCAACGAGUAUAUCGGCAACAAUGACGGCAUGUUUGAGUUUGGAGGCAGCGGCAUCUUUGACUCUGUCGACGUAGAGUCGUGGAGACUGGAGGGACCUCUUCUCAUUACUGCGCUAUACAGGCUAGAUGGCUCCUUGGCGGAGGAGCAGGUUAUCAACUUGGACGACUACAUUGCGAACGAUAAUGGGGUUCUCGUGUUCAACUAUUAAAAUGCAUAUAUUCUGAGAAGAAGUGUCUAUGCAUGGACGGAUCAACUCCCAGAAGUGGACAAGGUGGUGAUCAUUUAGUAUAUGAGACUAAUUGACGGUAUUGGCCAUGUACUUGUAUCAUUGUUGAAGUUUUUGUCUAUUCUUUGGACAAUAUCCGUUAUAGAAUGCAUUUGAUUGAAGCCAG